UUUUCCAUCCGCUGGGCGUUUCAUCGUGUCACAAGAAGAGUCCAGGGUCUCACGGUGAGAAAAUGCCCCCCAAAACCAUCAAAAAGGCUCUAGUAGACGUUCUGGAGGACCUGUCAAAGCAGGACUUUGACAAGUUCUGCUGCCAGCUGCUGGACCGCAGGGAACAGCCGCGGGUCCGGCGCAACAGGGUGGAGGGGAAGAAUUUCUUAUACAUCGCAGACGUCCUGGUUUCAACUUUUACCGAGUCCGGUGCAGUUGGAGUGGCUGUGGAGUUACUGAAAGAGAUUAACUGCUACGAGGAAGCAGACAGACUGGUUGAAGAGACAAGUGGUCUGUCCUCAAGGCCGGAGUCCAGUGGCACUGCAGGACCCUCAGCUGGAGCAUCUGGUGUAACUACCAUGGCACACGACGAGCACUUUGUGGACAAACAUCAAGUUCAGCUGAUAAAGAGGGUGAGCAACAUCUCGCCCAUUUUGGAUGAGCUCCUCCACAAGAAAGUCAUCGAUCAAGAGCAAUAUGAUGAAAUCAGGGCUCUGCCUACCUCUCAGGGGAAGAUGAGGGAGCUGUACUCUGGUUGCCUGAAAGCUGGUACACACUGCAAAGACAUCUUCUACAAAAUCCUGGAGAAAAAUGAGCCAUAUCUCAUCGCCGACCUCAAGAAAUCUGCAGUGCCUACAGCUGGAGCAUCUGGGGUAACCACCAUGGCAGAGGGUGGGGGCUCAGACAAGCACUUUGUGGAUAAACAUCAGUUUGAGCUGAUCAGGAGGGUGCACAACGUUGGAGCCGUUUUGGAUGAGCUUGUCCACAAAAACGUCAUCCAGCAGGAGAGUUAUGAUGAAAUCAGGGCUCUGCCUACCUCUCAAGAGAAGAUGAGGGCACUCUUCAGGGGCCCUCUGGAGUCCAGUGGAGUUCAAGAAAAAGACAUCCUCUACAAAAUCCUGAACAUAAAUGAGCCAGAUCUAAUGGCUGAUCUCAAGAGAAUGGACUUGGAAGUAGCAACACUGACAGCCGAGGGCCUUAGCCUGGGAACUGAAGAGAAACACUCCGCUGAUGAAGAGCAGCCUUCACUGAUCCAGAGAGUGGAAACGAUGGCGUCUGUUAUAGAGCUGCUUUUGGAAACGCUGGCUGAUUUGAGUUACGAGGAGCUCGAGAUGGUCAGGCACAGUCUGAGUCAAUUUUGCCUCCUCAGACAUCACUCAAACAUCCCAUGGAGGCUGCGGACACCAACAGACAUGAAGAACGUAGUGUUUUUAAUGGUACAGAUUCACGGGCAAAUGUCUGUGGAGAAAACCGUGGAGGUUUUAAAGAAGAUGAAGAGGACUGAUCUGGUGCAGAGGCUGUUACAUAGCAGAUCAGGAGCCAAAAAAAAACACUCUGUGGAUGAACGCCUGCCUGCACAGAUCCACAAAGUGGCGGCAAUGACGGCUGUUACAGAGUUGCUUUUUGAAACACUCAAGAAUUUGAGUUACAAGGAGCAAAAGACCUUCAGGUGGUUUCUGCACUUCACAUUGUUCCAGAGGAGCUUUCUUUGCUUCUCAUGGGGACGACCGCGGUGGGCAGGUGAUGUACGACAACUGGCAGAACUGAUGGUGGAGAUAUGUGGUCAACGGUCUUUGGAGGUGACCAUGGAGGUUUUCAUGGAAAUGAAGAGGCCUGAUCUGGUGCAGAGGCUGCCAGAGACCAGCUCAGCGCCCAAAGCUGCAGGAUCGUCAGCUGAAGCAUCUGGUGUGAAUACCACAGAGGAAGAAAACUUUGUGGAUGAACAUUGGCCUGCACUGACCCAGAAAGUGGAGGCGAUGGUGUCUGUUAUAGAGCUGCUUUUGGAAACACUGAAAGAUUUGAGUGACAGGAUGUCCGAAUUCAGGGGAGUCCUCUGGAAUCAAGCUGACUUCCACAGACAUCUCUCUAAAAUCCGACUGAUUCCGCUGCACAUGACAGACAUGCAGGACAUGGUGUUUCUAGUGGUGCUGACCUUUGGCCAACAGUCUGUGGAGAUGAUCAAGGGGGUUUUGGAGCAGAUGAGGAGGACUGAUCUGGUGCACAAGUUGUCAGACCAGAGCUUAAAACUCAAAAAGAGGCACUCUGCAGAUGAACAGCGCUCUGCACUGAUCCAGAGAGUAGCAACAAUAGCAGUUGUUAAACAGCUGCUGGUGGAAACCCUGAAUGAUUUGCAUGAUUCGGAGUACAAGAAAUUCCGCCGGUGUCUGCAGUUGAUUGUGUUCCGGAAGGACCCCCCUGGCAUCUUUAUCCCACCAAACACAGCGGAUCUGAUGGUGCAGACAUUCGGCCAACGGUCUGUGGAGCUCACCAGGGAUGUUUUUGUGGUCAUGAACAGGGCUGAUCUUGUUCAGAGGCUGUCCAGCUCAGCAUCCAAAAAUCAGAAUCCUUUUAGUCCAUUUAAAUUCCUUUUCUCCUUCAAGAAACACUCUGUGGAUGAACAUCGACCUGCACUGUUCCAGAGAGUAGCAGCAAUGGCAGCUGUGAAAAAGAUGCUUUUGAAAACAGUCAGUGGUUUGAGUCAAAAGGACUUCGAGAAUUUCAGCUGGCUGCUGCAGUUCACCUGCUUCCAGAAGAGCCUCCCACAAGUCUCAUGGAGGCAGGUGAACUGGACAAACAGGACUCACAUUGUGGACGCAAUGGUACAGACUUGUGGCCAGCAGUCUGUGGAGGUGACCAUGGAGGUUUUCAAGGAUAUGAACAGGACUGAUCUGGUGCAGAGGUUGUCACAGAGCAGUUCACAAUUCAAAGAGGAACAUCAGCCUCAACCACUCCAGAAAGAAGUAAACAUGAUAUCACUUCAGGAGAGGCUUUUAGAAACACUGGAAAAUGUAAGUUCUGAGGAGCUCCAGGAAUUCAAGCUUGUUCUGCGGCACUCUACAAAGAACAAAGGCCUCCCAGGAAUCCUGAUAGAUCUAAUCGAUGAUGCAGACAGAAUUGGCAUAGUGGAGGCGAUGGCGGGGAUCUACGGUGAAGACUCUGAGGGGAUGAUCAGGAAAGUUUUAAAGGCAAUGAAGAGAAGAGGUACAGAAGACAAACACUCUGUGGACAAACACCGACCUGCACUGUCCGAAAAAGGAAAAACUAUGACAUCACUGAAGCAGAAGAUUUUGGAAGCUCUGAAAGAUUUAAGUUCUGGGGAACUUGAGAAAUUCAGGCAUGUCCUGCAGUAUGGUAAAAUGAAGGAAGGCCUCCCAAGAAUCCCAAGACACAAAAUAGAGAUGGCUGACAGAAGUGAAAUAGUGGAAGUGAUGGUGGAGAUCUACGGUGAAGAGUCUGAGGAGGUGAUCAGGAACGUUUUAACGACGAUAAACAGGAGCGAUCUUGUGCAGAGGCUGUCAGUCAUCAGCUCAGGAUCUACAGAGCCAGGAAGAGGAAGCGUAGAUAAGGUGGGGGUGUGGCUAGCUAGAGUCUCUCUUUGGGACCAUGUGGCCUGUUCAGGGCCUUCAAGAAGCUUGGAGCAUACGGGUUGUGGGAGCAUUAUGCAGGACUCCAGUGACUGGACUAAACUUGAACCUGAAGUCAACAGUACAGAUGCAGAUGAGACUCCAACUUACAGCCUUCGGUCUGAAGCAGGAAGGUUUGAAUGCAGUGUGUCUGGCAUACGGUGGCUGUGUCAGGAAAAGGUCGGUUUGAAGUACCAGUUUUGCUCAUGGGAGGAACCAAUGGAGAGGAUGGAAAACAUUCAGUACAUGCCUGCAGGUCCCCUUAUUGACAUCACAGUAAUUGCUGGGAAGUUAGCUGAAAUAUACCUGCCACACUGGAUCUGCAUAGAUGACAUCCCUAAAAUAUCAGACAAGUUUGCAGUCUUACACAUAAAUGACUGCGGAGACGUUGUGGAAAAAGUGUCUGAGGUCACACCGUCACACGUCAAGUUACCCGAACCAGAUUUUUCUCCGAGAGCGGUCCUGAUGAAAGCUGGCUUUCCUGUGAAAAUAAGCUGUAACGUGUUAAUAUACUAUAAACCCAACACACCAUUCCUCAAACUCCAUGUUUACGUGAUCCCACACGAUCCUGCUCUACAACAGGCGGUGGACAAGAAGAAGUUCUCUGAUGGAUACAAAAAAAUCCAAAAGCCACGUCCAGACAACUACCUGAAAAUGCAGCAUGGUUUCAUCCUCACAGCCAACAUCGACACAGCGAAUAUUCUCCCAGAGAAAAUUACCCUCAGAUAUGAUAGCCAGGACCCCAAUUUCUAUGAAGUGUUCAUUGAGAAUCCAGACAGAAACUUCCACCUGACGCUCGCCCAAAAAAAUAAGCAACAGUGUGAACCAGUAUGGACCUGUGAAAUUCGAAAAGAUGACUAUCAAAACUCCGCUUAUUCAGAAGAGAAACACUUUGUGGAUGAGCACCUGCCUGCACUGAUGCAGAAAGUUGCAACAAUCACAACGAACAGAGAGAGGCUUUCCAAUGCGCUGACACAUUUGAAACAGGAAGAGCUCAAAGAAUUCAAGUGGUUCCUGCAGGACAGUGACUUCCUGGCAGGCCUCCCAUGCAUCCCACGCGGCCGGCUGGAGAAUGGAGACAGGUUGGACCUGGUGGAUCAGAUGGUGCAGACCUACGGCCAACAGUCUAUGGAGGUGGCCAAGAAGGUUUUCAAGAAGAUAAACAGGAAAGAUCUGGUAAAGAUGUUGUGAGACAUCAGCAGAGGAUCCAAAGGUAAGUCUUAAAAACAUAGCAGUGUGUGUAUGUGUGGGUGUAUUGGACACAUACACUUAACAAGGACUUCAUUCCCACCAGCCCCAGCUGCACUUUGUUACUGAUACUAAUUGACUAAAUAUAUCAUGCUAACAUGCUAAACUAAGAUGAUGAACAUUGUAACAAUGCUAACAUUGUACCUGCCAUGUUGGCAUUGUCCUUGAGCACGUUAGCAUGCUGCUGUUAGCAUUUAGCACAAAAGAUCACAGCAUGCAACCUCACAGGGUCACUAGCAUGGCUGUAGGCUUCUGAGCAGAAUUUAGUAUCAUUCUGCAGUUCUGGUCUCUAAAAAAAAGUAACUGAGAAACAUUUAAAAGUUGAUUAUGCUCUGAUGUCACUGGGUUUUUUGAUUGUCCUUCUUCACAUAGAAACACAGUGUGGAUGAACAGCGGCUGAAAAUCAUCCUCAGCCUGAACUGAAGAACAAUAAUACAAACCAAAGUUCAUUAUUUUUAUCACGAUAAACCUCGCAGGCCUGAGGCUGUAUUCAGGUUCCUCUCUUCAGCAAGAAUAUUGUUUUCCUCAACAAAGUAGCGAUUCUGCGAUCUCUAGCACUGAGGAAGACGAGAGGAAAUGUGAUGUGUCGUGUCCAGUUGAGAUAAAUGUCAUGAUUUUUUAUAUUUUUAUUCUGUUCAUAUAUUACUUUAUUACCACUACUUUUUGUUAUUAUCAUUUUAUGUUUGGAGCCAAAUGUAUUCCUCUAAUUAUGUCAGAUCAAAAGUCACACCACAGCUCAGGGAUCGUCACCUGACAAUACUCACCAGUGGAGGACGCCCAGUCUGUCCUGAGAGUGAUCGAUUAGCUCUCCAACCCCUCCGACGAGCCAAAAAAUCCAUAAUUCAAAGUUUACCUCGGAUCGGAUUAUUCUCCAGCUCCAUCCUCUCUACUCCGUGGACCCAGCAUCAAACCGCCCAGCAGCGCACUGGUCAGACUACGGGAGGUAACUUGGAGUUGUCUGAGAAUCCUCAGCCGUCUUCCGUCUAUUGGACACAAGAGGCGUCAUUUGGGUUUAUUUUCAUUGUUAGUUAAACUGUGGGUAUGGAUUGGUUCUGACUGCUUCCUUGGCGGAGGUCUGACAGUUAAGUAUCUUGUUAUCUUUAUGGAUUAUCCAUGAUUUUCUGUUCACAACCAUAUACAUACGCAUAUAUACUUAUAUAUGACUCAUUUAGUAAGAAAGUGAAAAAAAUUAAAGAAAAAUAUUUUACUUAGGGCCAAAUAUUUAUUUUUAUUUGAAGGGCCGGCCCCCACAGUGUCUGCUUAGACAACUUCUGGCCCUUCGACAAAUGUAGUUGAGGACCCCUGUCCUGUGGUGUUGGUCUCUUCCAAACCUCCAGUCUGCACCCACACACACAGAUCACACUGCUGAGCAUCAGUGGUGGAGGAGACAAACACUACAGCUGAACAGUAUGUUGCUGAGGUGAUUAGUAGAGCGCCAAUGCACUUUUCAGUUUUUUCUAGUCCUUUAAACAGACGUGUAAAAUUAGUUUUAUGCAUGAACUGAAAUGUAGCAGUCAAAAUACAGAAUAUCUUCCAUUAUAGCACCACAUCAGGUGGCUCUUCCCAAGCAGCACAGUGUCUGACAAUCUUGAGUCUCGACAAAAAUGCUAAUAUAUUAACCAGUUUACAGAAUUUGAAGGGUUAAGGGAGGUAAAGGGAAUCAUCGUUACAUGGAAAAAUGGGACAAGUAUCAGAAAACCUCGAUGGUUCACAGAACAUCUGAUCUGGAACACUUGAAGCCAUUUUAUGUAAACAGACAUGAGGUUUUCAGUUUUUUCCUCUUGCUGUGUUUCCUACUCAGUUAUGUUCAGGAGGUUGUUGAGGUUUUUAACCUUACCUUCUGUGAUCUGGCCAUAAAAAAACUCUUCUUACAUUUUUGAGAUUCAGACUGAUAAAUCUUCGAUUAUUGUUGUGAAUCCUUUAUGUCUUUUUAUAUAGCCUUUUUUUUCUGUGUAUUUUCUACUUAAAACCUUUUGAUGUCGUACAUGAAGCACUUUGAAUUGCCUUGUUGUUAAAAACUUUCCAUACAAACGUGUGUUACAUAUGAAUGUGCGUUUCAGUUUACCAACAAUGGCUGCUGCUUACCGUUUAUUGUAUGAGAGUCAUUCCAAAUGUGUUGUUUUUUUAAAAAUCUGCAAUAAAUCCAUCAGUGUUGACUUUG